AUGGUGACGCAAAAUCUCGAGAUCGCACUCCGGCACCUCAGGGACACAGAGGAAUGGAUAUCCAUGUGGAUUGACGCCAUAUGCAUUGACCAGCAAAAUGUAGCGGAACGUAGCCAUCAAGUGGCGCUUAUGGGUGAAAUCUACCGCAAAGCCGCCAAGACAUAUGUAUGGGUUGGUCCAUUCGCAGAUGACAGCGACGAGGCGAUGGAAUGGGUCGACCUGAUCGGUGGUAGCAUAAAUGUCGAUUGGGGCGAUGAGAUGAUGAAGACCACGGACUUGUUGGAGAAGACAAAGUACGCGCCCAUGGCAGAUGCAUCGGUACCCUAUGAAUUCGAAUGGCCCUGGCCGUUAUUGAACCUGUGUCACUUCACCAACAGGGAGUACUUCACAAGGCUAUGGGUACGGCAGGAAGUGAAACUGUCACAGAACAAAGUGCUUGUCUGCGGGUUUAAGCAGCUCGAUUGGCACUUUUUCGCGACUUUUGCCCGCUGGAUGGCAGUGAAACCCUACACCUGCGUGGAUAAAUAUGGAGUAUGGACCCAGGAGAUGGAAAAGAAGUAUAAGGCGGGCAGCGAGUUGGUCUCUAACAUUUGUGCGAAAUUGUAUGAUGGUGCCUUCUUGUCCUUUGACCGGCUUCGGUUCGAUAACAGCAAGCUGAACUGGAAAGAUCCCAGGGACGCUAUCUACGCCAACCUGGGCCUGCUCCCACCCGAGUACCGCCAGUUGGGAAUCAAGCCGGACUACGACAAAAACCCGGCGGCUAUCUUCACCGAUGUUGCGGUUCGUGUAGCCACCAAGCUUCGGAGUCUGGGGUUCCUCGAAUCCUAUGAUCGCUCUGCCAUUGAAUUGGACGGCCUCCCUAGCUGGGUCCCUGACUGGUCAUCGCCCAUGAGGAUGGCGGCGAAUUCAGAAAAUAUCUGGAGCGCCUCUGCUUGGAUAUCGGCCCAGGUCGAAUACGUGGGCGAUGGCGUGUUGACGGCCAACGGUGUACCAAUCUCAGAAGUUCAAAGGGUUGACCGCUGGGAGGAUGAAAGAUCUUACGAUGGCCAGCCCUACAUGGUAUUCGACUGCAUCCGGUCCUGGUGCAAGCAUGUACCUGACAACUAUGAUGAACGAGAAUGGUUCUUGCCAGGCACCGGUCUGACGUGGUUGGAGGCCUGGUGUAGGCUUUUCCUGUAUGGCAAUCUCAGCGAAGUUUUCGAGGCUGGGCAAGAGACAAUGGUUCACAGACCUGACUUCUUCUCGUUACAAGAAGCCAAAGAACUCAUGCUCAUCAUUUGGAAAGCACGGUCCUUCCACGAGAUAUGGUGUCUCUAUGAUCCGACAUGGCAACGCAUGGAGAGGUUCCUGUCCAAGAUUGGCGACAGGAUGAAAGGCAGAUCUGUUUUUCGGACAGUAGAUCGGGAUAUUGGAGUAGCAUCUUCCUCGGUAAAGGCUGGCGAUAUGGUAUGUAUGCUUUUGGUUGUCAGGUGCCGGUUGUUUUGA